ACCCUCAUCCGUGCUUCAGAGUAGAGCAUAGGAAAGGGUCAAUUCAUGUUCUCGAAAAAAAAACUCUUAAUUAAUUAGUUGUCGACUACAAAUUGGGCAUCUUCUCUCUCUGAUCAGAUUUUGCUACUGCUGUUCUUCUGUGAUCAAGAAAACGUGACGGAUACUCAGUGGAGAGAGACGGGGAGGAGGGAACGGUCCUCUGCUUCGUUUCCGAUCCGAUUAGGGUAACAGAUCGCGAUGGCUUCGACGAGGAACUGUGACGGCGUCGUGGUGUUGUUUCCAUUCUUGGCGCAUGGUCAUAUGAAUCCUUCCCUCGACCUCGCCCGCCUGCUCUCCACACGCUACCCUUCCCUUUCCCUCAUCAUCCUCACCACCGACGGCAAUCUACCCCACCUCUCCCGCCGUGGCCUUCCCCCGUCCAUCCGUCUCUCCGGCCUCCCUUUCCACCCCACCGAUCACGGCCUCCCUCCUGACGCCGACACCACCUUUGCCCUCCCUCCCCAACUCGUCACCCGAUUCAACCACGCCAUCCAGGACUCCCUCCCCGAUUCCUUCAGCGCCUACCUCUCCUCCCUCCUCGAAGCCGAGCUUCCCCUGCUCUGCCUCAUCGCUGACAUGUUCCUCGGCUGGACCGCCCCCAUCGCGGAGCAGCUCGGCGUCUUCCAUGCCACCUUCUACACCUCCGGACCUUACGCCAUGUCUAUCUACAACUCUCUAUGGAUCAACCUCCCCCACGUUGAUGGCCGCCACGGAGACGACGACGAGAUCGCCGUCCCGGGUGUACCCGGGAUCACUGUGCGCCGCCGCCAGCUGUCGCGAAACAUGCGCUCAGCCGCGUCGAAUCCGGAUCACCCCAGCGGCCGGUUCGUGCGUCGCCAGGCGGAGUGCUGCCGCCGCUCCCGCGCCACUCUGUGGAACACCGCGGAGGCCCUCGAGAAGCCGUUCCUCGAAUUGUGGGCUGAGUCAACGCGGCAACCGGUGUUCGCCGUGGGUCCUCUUUUCUCCGCCGCUGGAGGUCGAGGCACCGUCGUGGACGACGGAGGCAUCGCCGCGGAGUGCUUCGCGUGGCUUGACCGCCAGGCGCCUGGAUCCGUGGUGUACGUGUCGUUCGGGUCGCAGAACCGGUUGCCGCCGGAGGAGGCGGCCGACCUGGCGGCGUCGUUGGAGAGGCACUCCAGGCCGUUCCUAUGGGCCGCACCGGCGGCAGACCAAGCCCCUCCCCAGGACGCGAUGAGACAGGGGAUUGGGAUGGUAGCGCGCGGGUGGGUGCCUCAGGCGGCGAUCCUAGUGCACCCGGCGGUGGGGGUGUUCGUGAGCCAUGGCGGCUGGAACUCGACUCUGGAAAGCCUCGGAUCCGGGGUCCCAGUGGUGUUCCGGCCGAUAGGAGGGGAGCAGUUCUUCAACGCGAAGUUGGUGGUGGAAUUGCUGGGGGCGGGAGCGGUGGCGGCGGCAGGUGGCGCCGAGGCAGCGGAAGCGGUGGAAGAAGUGAUGGCGGACGAGGAGAGAGGUAGAAAGGUGAGGCGCAGGGCGAGGGAGAUCGCGGCGGAGAUUACGGCGGCCGUGGCGGAAGGGAUCAAUGGCAUCGGUGAGUCGCUGCGUGCGUUGGAUGAGUUCAUGAGCUCAGUCACCCGUCGAUGUUGAUUUUCAUUCUCAAAACAUGGAAGUAUGUAUGAGAAAUUAAUUUCAUUCCGACUACAUAAUAAAUUCUCCUCCAAUAAAUUAAAUCAUAUUUUUAUUGUAUUAUUAUUAUUUAUUAAGCAGGCCUUCA